AUGGCGUGGUGGGAGUUCAACUUGCUGCUCUACCUGGCGCUCUUCUUCCUCCUGCUCCUCCUCCUCGGCCUCCUGCUCUUCCUGCUCAUCAAGCAGCUGAAGAACUCCGUGGCCAGCGCCAGGGCUCUGCAGCCGGGCCGCCCGUCCCUGCGGGAGCCCGGGGGCUCAUGCCGCGAGCAAGCCCUGUGA